AUGUUUCUGCUCCUCACCAUGGAUCUGAAACAGAAAGUGAUUAGCCUCAAAGCCCGACUAUGUUGUCGUUCCCCACCUGUGGACAAGGUGGAUGAACCGAACAGGAGAGACGUACGGCAGAGUACACCAACUCCCGACACGGCGACAGUCAAAAAUGAAACAGCGAUGCUUCCAACAUAUAGUGAGAGUUGCGAGACUUCCACACCAUCCUACCCAGUGUUCUACAAUGCGGCGAUUAUUGAUGUUGCUGGUCUGACUAGUACUCCGAAAAAUCACCUCGAACUCGCAAAUCACCGACCGACUGAUUGUCGCAUGGCGUCAAAUUCUCCAAAUCCAAUAACCCCCCAUCAUCUCCACCCUCGUACGCCGCCUCCUACCAUUCGUCCCUAUAGAUCAAAACGACAUCCACCAUGUGACGAAUGCCGCCGGAGAAAGCUACGCUGUGAAGCUGAUCACAACGGCAGUUGUCAGCGCUGUACAGCUGCGGGUCACUCUUGUUCCUUUGCUCGUGUUCGUCCUCGCCCUCGCCCUCGCCCUCGUUCUCGUCAGGGCACCGUGCCGCCGAAGCCGCUCUCACCAGAAACCCGACCGGUGGCAACCGGCGAUUUGCAACCGACCGAGGAACUUGUGGUGGACCAAGAUCCCCCAGUUCCGCAUCAAGCGGUCGAGAUUCCUUUCUUCGAGCUAGACUCGGUGCGAUUCUCAGCAGAUCCAGGCGGUACUCGCCCGCACACCCCCUCUGCCUUCAAGGAAAGACACACGCAUCAAACCAUCCAGACACUCGAUGGUUUGGGGGGUGUAUCCUACCAGGUCAAUGGCACGUCAGCCGAAUCUGACCCGUGGCUCCUCAGACACUGCAAGUUCAACGACAGAGGCUUCCUCUCUUUCCACCAAGUGCACUUCCGAAACGCAGGGGGCGUUCCGUUUGACGAGAAGAUUCCCUGUCAUUUUCUGGUCUCGUCGGAUCAGCUCUAUGAGCCCUCCAAGGCUCAGCUGCUGCCGCCAGAACCCCUCACUACACAUGAGCAAUUAAAUCAUCUUGUGCCCCCUGAAUGUGGCCAGAGAUUGAUAGUGCUCUUCAUGAGGUUUAUUUUUCCGACGCUGCCGAUCAUUUCGCGGUCGCAUUUUGGGCUUGCAGCGGCAGGCACAGUGCCCGAUCAGACUAUCCUUCAAAAGACGUCCCUGUGUCUUUUGGCUGCAAUCUACGCAUCAGCACAGCCUUUCGCCAAAUUUGAUGACUACCUUUGCUUGCUUGAUGCGUACACUCCUCCCCCAACUGAUCUACUCUGGCGCAUGGUUCUUGACCUUGUGCUGCGGGACAUCCAUACUGCCCGUCUAUCGACCCUCCAAGCAGGAAUCCUCUACCUUCAUCGACCAGUCAGCGUCACUGAAAGUGCUGUGGCUGAUAGUGCCUUUACCUGGUCCUUGGUGGGCAUGCUUGUCGGUGUGGCCAUGUCACUUGGGCUUCAGUUGGAUUGCCGGCUAAUGGGACUUCCGUUAUGGGAAAAGAGGAUUCGCCGUCGGCUCUGGUGGGCCAUCUACGCCGAAGACAAAUGGCGUUGCUUGCUUACCGGGCGUCCAUCUUAUAUAGGAAGCGACGAUUGGGAUGCCGCAGAUCUCAACGAUGAUGAUUUCGUCAUGUCCGAAAGUCUGCGCCUGGCCCUACAGCAACCCCCGUCCGCCUCACACUCUUCUCACGAUAUUCUCAGUGCUCAACCAUUCCAGCAAUUCAUCCAGUUGUCGCGCAUCGCUGAUGAACUACAACGCUCCCUCUUCACGCUAAAGGCGUCGCAGCGUUUAUCGCCAGAUUUUCAUGCAACGCUGGAAAUCGCCCGUCCUCUUCUGCAGAAGCUCAAGGAGUGGUACGCGCACUCCCCAGUAUCGGUACGUCAGCCCGAUCAUUUGCCUACUACUAUGGACAGCAUAUACUGCCAGUCCAACUGCCUCCGUUUCGCCUGCAUCCUUCUAGAGGUCUUUGUAUUCCGCGCUCUCCUGCGGCCAAUGGUUCGCUCGGCUGCUCCGCCUCCGUUGCUCGAGGAGAGCUUCGAGACAACGGAAUUCACGAACCAAUUCAACGAUCUACUGGCUCAGUUGUUUGACGCCGACGAGAUUGAGCCGUCCAUGGCCAUUGACAUGUCCGAUGAAAAUGGCAUGGGAAAUGCGGUGCUGAGAGCAGCCGACAACUGUGCGGCGAAAGUGAUCCGUCUGGUGAUGCGUAUGACUACUAGUGAUUUGUCGAGUUUCUGGUACAGAUGGUCCCGUGUCGGAUUUGCAACCGUCUCCAGUUUCCUACUGCUACUGCUUGUACAGGCGCCCACGAACGACCACGCUCUCCGUGCUAAAAGCCUUGUGGACCUUUGGCGUCAAACCUUACGGAAUCAGAGCACAGGGUGUCCGGCCAUGAAUCUCGGUUUAGUCAGAUUAGAUGGCUCUCUUUGGCCUGGACUGGCGAGGAAUUAUUAUCUCCCAAAGCAUGUGAAAGAGGUUCUUGAAGAAUAG